CUCCUUCCUCACGGCUCUUUCCCCCUAGCAUCUUCCUUCCUGAGCGUCCCGUCAGAGCAUUUACAACAGGAACGCGAAGAGAAACAUUUACAUCUUUGGAUGAGACACGAACACUGAAAGGGGUAGUAAAUCUCUAGCGUGCUAGUGACUAAAGCUUUGGAUAAACACAUCACAUUGUUUUAUUCACUGCAGAAAGAACAAAACCAUUGUAUAAAGCGUCUGAUAUUCUCUUUCCAGUUCCUACAACAAUGAGGUAAUGAGAAGGGAGGGGCUGGGCUUGACGUUGGCUGUGGGAGAAGAAUAGGCGGACUCCUCCUCCUACAUUUGUCUAGAGGGGACAGUAACUGGCUCCAGCAGGGGCAAAGCACAGUUUGCAGAUUGAGCACUGGGUGUGUGUUCACUCCCGUUAGUUCUCGCAUCCCCAGCUCAUCCCUAGGGAAGUAGGUUGCUGUGCAUUAAGUGGGCUCCGAGCUUAGUUCCCCCAGGAUCUAAAUGUGCUUCCCCAAGGGUUUUAAUUGCAGCAAUCGAUAUGACCACCCUACCCUCUAGUGGAUUAUAAUGUGACUGUGGAUUUAAGAUUUAGCUUUUCGCUGCCGACUGGGAUUUCCAAGUGCUGUUUAAGUUUCCAACUCUGCUGAGCAGAUCAUCGGCUCACUGCUUUGUCGCUCCUGUGGAACUGAAGUGGAGGGGGACCCGCUCGGAGGAUUUGUGGCUGGUGGACUUGUGGCGAUUAUCGGUGGCUCAGGGAUGAUGAGAGCAUGAAGUCACCAGGAUGGGAGCGAACAAUGGCAAAUACGGCAGUGAGGGCAAAGGCAGCUCAAGCAUCUCAUCCGACGUGAGUUCAAGUACAGAUCACACGCCUACCAAAGCCCUGAAAAAUGUGGCUACCAGUGAAGAUUCAGACUUGAGCAUGCGAACACUUAGUACACCAAGUCCUGCACUUAUCUUCCCUCCAACUUUACAUGGAUUUCAGAAUGGAAGAGGAUCUUCCACAUCAUCGUCCUCCAUCACAGGGGAGACAGUUGCAAUUGUACAUGCACCACCUCCUACACGACUGACCCAUCCUCUUAUUCGACUGGCUUCAAAGCAUCAGAAAGAGCAUGCAAGCAUUGACAGACUGCCUGAUCAAUGUAUCAUUCAGAUCUUCUCAUAUCUUCCUACUAAUCAACUGUGCCGUUGUGCUAGGGUGUGUCGGCGCUGGUAUAACAUAGCUUGGGACCCACGGCUUUGGAGGACGAUUCGACUUACUGGUGAAACAAUAAAUGUGGACAGGGCUUUAAAGGUGUUGACCCGCAGACUUUGUCAGGAUACACCCAACGUCUGUCUUAUGUUGGAGACAGUAAUUGUUAGUGGCUGCAGGCGGCUCACAGAUAGAGGACUUUAUAUCAUUGCCCAGUGCUGCCCAGAACUGAGAAGACUUGAAGUAUCCAAUUGUUACAACAUCUCGAAUGAGGCAAUCUUUGACGUGGUAUCAUUAUGCCCAAACUUGGAGCAUUUAGAUGUAUCAGGUUGUUCUAAGGUUACAUGCAUCAGUCUGACCCGUGAGGCAUCCAUCAAGCUAUCUCCAAUGCAUGGCAAGCAGAUCUCUAUUCGAUACUUGGAUAUGACAGAUUGCUUUGUCCUUGAAGAUGAAGGACUUCACACAAUUGCAGCUCACUGCACCCAACUGACUCAUUUGUACUUGCGGCGUUGCAUCCGCAUUACUGACGAAGGCCUGCGAUAUAUUAUGAUAUACUGCACCUCCAUCAAGGAACUGAGCGUCAGUGACUGCCGCUUUGUGAGCGAUUUCGGUUUGCGUGAGAUUGCAAAGCUGGAGUCACGGCUGCGUUACCUGAGCAUAGCCCACUGUGGCAGGAUAACAGAUGUAGGAAUCCGUUACAUUGCCAAAUAUUGCAGCAAGCUGCGUUACCUCAAUGCACGAGGAUGUGAAGGAAUCACAGACCAUGGGGUGGAGUAUCUAGCGAAAAAUUGCACAAAACUCAAGUCCUUGGAUAUCGGAAAGUGCCCUCUUGUGUCUGAUAUCGGUUUGGAGUUUUUAGCCUUGAACUGCUUUAACUUAAAGCGCCUCAGCCUUAAAUCUUGUGAGAGUAUCACAGGACAAGGGUUACAGAUUGUUGCAGCCAACUGCUUUGACCUACAGAUGCUGAACGUACAGGAUUGUGAAGUAUCAGUGGACGCUCUGCGGUUUGUCAAACGCCACUGCAAACGAUGUAUCAUUGAGCAUACUAAUCCUGCAUUUUUCUGACUGACAAUGUAUUACAGCAAAGUGCUAGCAAAAAUAUCAAGAUGCAUAUCGUAAAGGAUAAAUAUGCAAAAAUAGCCUUAAUUAUGCCUACAGCAAAUUAUCCAUAGGUGGUUCAGCUUUUUAUGUGUACGGUGUGAUUUAAAAAAAAAAAAAAAAAACAGAAACCUUUUAAUGUAAUUAUUUGUGUCUACAACUGAAAUAUUUAGCAAGACAAGCUGUAUGUUGAACGUGCAUUAAUCAUUAAUGCGUAAUAAUUGUGUAUGUUCUACAGGCGAGAGGGAAUGACGUGGGACCAUUUUUGUACUUCUGGAUAACAGUAUUUUAAAGAAAAUAUCUUUCUCCAUUGUGUACUCUUGUCUAUUAUUAUUCCAGAAAAAACAGUCAUUUGAAUUUAGUUCUCCUUUGGAUGGGUGUGAUAUAAAGUUAAUUGUGGGUGAAUUCUCUACUUUAAAUGAGAGAAUUGUUAUGAUCACCCAUCAGUUUUGUCUACAGUAGCCUAUCUUAACUCAGUGAUUGCCUUUCAGCAAUUUAGUUUAAAGAGGUGGUUCACCUUCAAGUUCACUUUUAGGGGCAUAUCAAGUAUGCUGUGUAAAAUGAAAUUCACAGAAAAAAUGAUGUAAAAAGCUGUGUGUAAUUUUACACCAUGCGAACGCUAGAUUUGACACCAUUAUUUUACAUUGCUUCCGGCUGGAGAGCUGCUAAAAUGUUAUGCCUUUGCGCAAACAAAUUUUCCUUUGUGCGAAUUUAAUAUAACCUUUGUGAACCGAAAAACUGUAUAGCGACCUCUUCCGACAGAGGAAGAAGAUUUACAAAUUUUAGGGCAGGACUUCACGGACGUUCCAGCGUGAUCUAAUGCGCUGCGCAAAAAUGCAGGUGUCACGUUGGCUGCAACGGAAAUAAGGUAAGUAAUGCUAUUGUCGGAUCUUGUCGCAUUGUUGAUGCGACGCGUCACGACUGUCGGAUGCAGACACAGCCUGCAGAAUUACUUACCUUAUUUCCAUUGCAUCCGACGUGACGCCUGCCAGUUUUUUUUAAAUUAAAUGAAUAUGCAGAAGGUGUUUUCAGCCGGCAAUCUCCAGUGUGCAUAUAUCCCACCACAGCCACAUUUAUUUUUGUAUGAGCUUUUCAAGGAAGACUCGACAUAUAACUUCCUAGUUAUCAUAAUCAAACAAAAUGUCUGCAUCUGUAUCCCCUUUCUUAUAUCUUCUCUAGACAUGACUCCAAUACUGACAAUGGCUUGUGUGUUUUUAACAGAACAAUCAGCAAGAAUAACAGCAGGGAGCAAGAAACUGUGGGAAUUUAUAUUUAUGUUUGCAACA